AUGUCGAAUUCACACCAACUCCCACCUCCGGCGAGCGCAAAGCCCAAACGCCGGUUCUUUGAUCCAUGGAACUCGUCGUCAACCGGCCAUCAAAGGGCAGACAACAGCCUUGCAGGAAGCACGAGCUGGCGCGAGUCUCGUAGUCUCAAACUCAGCAACCAGUUUGGCGGAGGGGCUUCUGGUGGCGCUCGCCUCGCAGACACCGUUGGUGCUGGCAGUGAAGACUUUGGCAAAGAUGGCAGGUUGGAGAAUGGAGACUGGGCUAAGGGAGCACCAGGCUUGAGAGGCAGAGGCCAAAUCAGUGUGGUAGAAGCUUUCAGGGUCAAGAAAGUGGGUGUCAAGGACACAGCGAUUGAGAAGGAGAAGGCGGAAUUAGUGGUCAAAGAGGUGGAAGACAAAGAGCUGGAUCUUCUGGAUAUACCGAGUGCUCAACCGGUACGAGAGGGUUCGUCCCAGGAUCAGGAACAGCUGUCAAGUUACGAAGAAAAGCUUCUGCGCGAGAACUCGAGUCCCAACGAGCAGGCGCAAGAAAAGCACAAUCAGGAUACUGCAUCUGCUGCACCAAAAGCUCCCCAGAUCUUUGCCGGCACAUGCAUGUACAUCAAUGGCAGCACUUUCCCAACUAUUUCCGACCACAAGUUAAAACACCUACUCGUAACCCACGGCGCUCGUCUCAGCAUUCACCUCGGCCGCCGCUCAGUCACCCACGUAAUUCUCGGUCGUCCCAAUGCCUCCACAAUUCCAGGUGCUGGUGGUGGUCUUUCAGCCUCGAAGAUGCAGAAAGAGAUAGCCAAGAUAGGAGGCAAGAACGUCAAGUUUGUUACUGCUGAGUGGGCUAUGGAGAGUGUAGCCAAUGGCAAGAGAGCUCCCGAGCAAAGGUUUGAGGCUGUAAGGUUGGCCCUGAAGGGAACAGGCAGAGUUGAGGAGAUGUUUGCGAAAGCUGCGAAGAAGGGAUGA